AUGACCAGACUGGAAAACCCACAACUACCUAGCGAGCUCAUCUUGCUAGUCCUAGAGCACCUUUGCGGAGCACGACCUAGCUUGCUCAGUCGUACAGUGGUGCGGACGCUGCGAUCUCUCUGCCUUGUCUCGCGCGAAGUGUAUGGACUUGCACAGGCCCUGCUCUACAACACACUUCGACUCUGUGACGGUCACUCGGCCGCUCUGCUCACUCGCUCGCUGCGAGCUCGGCCACACUUGAAGCAAGCCAUUCGUGCUGCGUGGUGGGGAAAAGUAGAUCCGCUCGAUCAGACCUGGCGAACGCCACCCGUUCACCAAGCAGCUUGGUACAGCAUCAGUCGCAUAGGCGGUCUACUUGUCGGUCAUCACUAUUGUACGAAGCCGGUAGGAUCUUGGUGCACUGGCGAAGAUCUGAGCACAGCGCUAGAGUGGAAUGCUAGGCUCGAAGGCAGGGCUGAUCAGCUCCGCGCUCCUUGGGCUUACCACCUUGUCGUCUGUACGCUCGAGAAUUGGAUGCCUCUUCUGCUACGCUCGGCCGAAUGGUGCACCAUCACUCAUCUCACCAUCACUCUCUAUCCGUCCCUAUGGAUCGAUCAAGAUCUCUUCGAGCACGUACUCAGGACGCUUCUGUCACAGUCGGCUCUGCCGCUGCUUCAGCAUCUCGUCUUGUUGGUGGGACACGACGGAUUCGCGGUUGGCUCAAGGGUGAGAAGGAUCGAUCGGUCAAGAGCUAUCGCAGCGGCUGCUUCCCGCAUUGCGGAUCCCCGUCUCAGAGUGCUUGGGGCGCCCACGCACUUUGGCACCGCUGGUCAGGGUCUGGCUGAGGAUGUGGAAAAGUACACUCGUAGAGGGUGGGAGGCCAGAAUCCGUGGAGAGAAGGGACCAUGGAUAGGUAUGGACAGCAUUGCCGCUUUCACACCACUUGCACAUGAGAAGCAUUGUAGCGAUUCUCCCUAG